GCUGAGCCUGGGGCUUAGGAACCCAGCCGGCGAGGCCCGCGGCAGCGCCAGAACCAGCAGCAGGCGACGAACGGCGCACAAGGUGAGGAGGAAACCAGUGUUGGGAGUCCACCCAAGGAGAACUGGGGCGACCAAACUAGCACAUCUGCUAUUUCUGUGUAUGGGCAUUGGAGACAUUUGUUUCUGAGUCAAAGCUAUCUACAAAACCAUGGCUAAUACAAGAACAGUACUUGAUGUUGAAGAGUACCCCGACACUGAGGUACAGAAAAACCGAGUGCUAACUCUGGAAGAAUGGCAAGAAAAGUGGGUGAAUCACAAAAUUGCAUUUCACCAAGAACGAGGACAUCAGCUAUUAAAGAAGCAUUUGGAUACUUUUCUUAAAGACGAGAAACAACUGAGGGUAUUUUUUCCUCUUUGUGGAAAAGCAGUUGAGAUGAAAUGGUUUGCAGACCGAGGACACAGUGUAGUUGGUGUGGAAAUCAGUGAACUUGGGAUACGGGAAUUUUUUACGGAGCAGAAUCUUUCUUACUCAGAAGAACAAAUUAUGGAAAUUCCUGGAGCCAAAGUAUUCAAGAGUUCUUCAGGGAACAUCUCGUUGUACUGUUGCAGUCUUUUUGAUCUUCCCAGAGCAAAUAUUGGCAAAUUUGACAGAAUUUGGGAUAGAGGAGCAUUAGUCGCUGUUAAUCCAGGUGAUCGCAAACGCUAUGCAGAUAUAAUGUUGUCCCUGACAAGAACUGGGUUUCAGUACCUCUUGUCUGUUUUUUCUUACGAUCCAACUAAACAUGCAGGUCCACCAUUUUAUGUUCCGGAUGCUGAAAUUAAAACAUUGUUUGGUUCAGUGUGCGAUAUUCAUUGUCUGGAGAAGGUUGAUGCUUUUGAAGAACGACAUAAAAGUUGGGGAAUUGACUACCUUAUUGAAAAGUUAUAUCUAUUUAUAGAAAAGUAAAUGAGACGUAAAUAGAAGCAAGUAAUAUCAACAUGUUUUUGAGCAAUUGAAAAUUGUGCUAAGGCAUGAAAAUAUAAUAGAUGACUUUUGGAAAAAAAUUCUUCACAAAUCACAUCACAGAUCUUUGCUCAAAAAUGCUUAUAACUUUUUAGGGAAAAAACCACGUACUUUGGAAAAGAGAGUGUGAUUGGGGGCGAAAGAUUAUACCUGUGUGUCUUACUUACAGAUUGCAAGAAUUUUUUACAAUCAGCAUGUAUUACUUGUAUAAUUAAAGAAUAAAA